AUGUCCAUCACGAGCGAGCCCUAUUUCCAGGGGUGGUUCGUGGAGCCCAGCACCACCCGGGCAAUCAUCUGCCCAACGACCCAGGUCUUCUCGAUUUCCGAUGGCAUCGGCGAUUGUUUAGAGAAAGAUGCCACGGCAGUUGCGACCGGAUGUGCAGCCCCGCAUGAUGGCGCGACUCUAUUCUAUGGCAAUGGCGGCUCUCACAAAUGUGCAUCUGACCGGACCUGUCGGACUAUGAUAAUCCCCCACACGUCGCCCCAUGGAUCGCCUGUUUUCACGCAUUACAUGUGUGUGACCUCGGGCUGGUCGUAUAGCACACUCUACCGAGUACACCCCACGGAAAGCGGAUCCAACUCGGGCACCACCGAAACUGUCACCAGCCCACCCAGCACGUCGGCCAGUUCCACCACAGAUUCAUCAUCCAGCUCGAGUGCGACUGGCACUGGUUCUGGGGGUGGUGGCAGCAGCGGAGGCGGCUCCUCGCUGUCUGGUGGCGCCAUUGCAGGAAUUGUCAUUGGGUGUGUUGCGGCCGUUGUGAUCGUGGUCCUGCUUCUGUUCCGCAAGAAGAUCAUUGCGUGUUUGGGAGGAGGACGAAAGCCCCAGCCGGUGGACGCGCCCACGGAACUACCCAGCCAUACGGCGCCAGUGCACGAGAUUGGAACGUCUGGAUCUGUUGUUCAUGAGAUUGGAUCAUCGCAGGUGGGCGCAAGUCCUGUGACCAAACCAGAGUCACCGCGGCGAUGA